GCGGCCUCUCGCUGCUGGGAUGGAGGCGACGGCGGCGGGGCCCGGCGAGCGCUGGGCGCCGGUGGGAGCGGUGGCCGAGGCCCAGGCCGGGGAGGAGGAGCCCGCGGAGGGGGAAGAGGACGCGGCGGCGGAGGCCGAGCCGGGGUCUCCGCGGUCGCUGAGGGCGGAGCGGCGGCGCCUCCACUCGGCGCUCUUGGCGCUGGCCUCGCACUUCGCCCAGGUCCAGUUCCGGCUCCGGCAGGUGGCCCGCGCCGGCCCGGGCCAGCAGCAGCGCCUCCUCCGCGAGCUCGAGGAGUUCGCCUUCCGAGGCUGCCCGGGCUUCGGCUUCGCGGCGGCGGACGGGGUCGGCGGCGACGCCAAGGUGAGCAGGAGCCGCUUCCUUCCUUCCUUCUCGCUUGCGCCUACGUGGCUCAGGUGCCGGUGGGGAGGCUGAGCUGCGGACCGGCAAGUCUCGACCCGUGAGGCGGGCGACCCCGAAGCCCCUUCUCCUUCGUCCACAAUGCGCGGCGCGGGGGACAACGCCAGACCUGUUCUCAAGCACCACAGCUGCUAUUAUUAUUAUUAUUAUUAUUAUUAUUAUUAUUGCAAUCGUUCGCUCGUUUGCAGAUAGGUCUUAUAUAUUACACUGGGCAACAAUUUUUUACUUUUUGAAUGUUGUCUAGAUUUCUACAACUGAUUUAGGGUAUUUUUGCACUGCUGAAUCAGGAAAUGGCAUCCGUUUCUCUCCAUCAGGUCAGGUUUACUGUAAACUGAAUGGUGGGCAUUGAUAAAGGUAAGUACACAUAAAUUGCAUGUUGCUUCACCAUUUUUCAAACUUCAGGGCUUGAACUUCUGUUUCUUGGAACUCCUGGAAUGCUCAGCGGCAGGGAGGUCUCUCUUCAGAGUCCAACAGUAGUCAGCCAUCAUGACUGCGCCCCAGCGACCCUGAUACCUGGUCUCCAUCUCUCUUUCAUGUCCUGAUGGAAUCUCCCCGCUCGUCACUCAUUGAACCCAGGUUCUCAGGAAACCGGUCCAUAUGUAAAAAUAGGUAGGGGUGCAUCUUGACGCUCAUGUUGCAGCCCAGGGUUUCAGCAGUCAGCAUGUUGUUGACAGUUCUGCGUAGCUCUGACCUUAUUGUUGCCAAGAAAGUUCUUCACUACCAGAAACAAAUGCCUCUCCACGCUUCCAGUUCCACUGCUCACUGAGUUUCAACUGGAUCUCUGAUGAGCUGAUGGAUCUGAGAUGCCAGCCAACUUCUCCAUGGUCAACUUGGAAAAGCCUGGCACAAGUAAGUGAAGCAGUCACCAUCCUUGUCCAGAGCCUUGGUGAACUGCUUGAUUAAGCCGAGUUUGUGCAGCGGUGGGAAGAGUAUUCUGUCUCUGUCCACCUAGAGGGUCUGAGAUGACGUCUUCUUUGCAAGGCACCACCUCCCGCACAGGCCAGUCCUUCUUCGUGUAAUGCUGAGCACGGUCCCUACUAUCCCACAUGCACAGAAAACAUGGGUGCUUGGUGAAGCCAGACUGUUGUCCCAAGAAAAAGUUCAUCAUCUUCAGGUCAACACAAAUAAACCACAUGCUGAUCAUAACCAAUUUUCUCCAGCACAUACUUCACCGCUUCAUAGUUCUCCUUCAGCGUACUCGAGUGAGCCAGGGGUAUAGAGGCAAACUGGUUGCCGUUGUGUAGCAGAAAACAUUUUGUGAUCGCUUGCUGCUGUCAAUGAACAGUCUCCAAUCUUUGCCUGUACUGUAGCACUCCAAGCCUGAGCAGAAGCUGGCAAGAAUAUCUGCACAGUACACCAAGUCCUUCUUCCAGAAAACGGAGGUACCCUUGAUGCCUGUUGCGGAAGAAGCUGAUGCGAGCACUGUCAGAGAGGAGGUUUUUUUCCUUCAAUCUAGAUUCCAAAACUUCGGAAUAGUCCUUUGACAAGCUGAGGACGCGAACUAGAUCAUUCAACUCCUUUGGGAAAAUGGAUGAGCAUCAUCUUCAAGAACCACUUCUUCUUCAUGUCCUUCAACACUGGAAGCAUCUCUGUCACUAAUGUCAGUGGGGAAGCUCCAAAGAUAGGCACUGGAAUUUCAUCACAAUGAGCUACAGGACGACGUGCUGAUUGAAGAUCAGGAUACUCUCGCGUGGGGCGGUUGCCCCAUUAACUUAGUUUUGAUCCCCAACUUUAUGCUUUGCCACACCAAUUUAUGGAAGAUUUCGAGGUUUUGCUCCCCCAAACUGAUCCUUCGACAUAAUCACCCAGAACUAUCGGACCUGAAUACUUUGUCAUUAAAAUAAUCAUUUCCAAUCAAAAUGAAUACCCGACAUGGCAUUUUACCCCCACCAACUUCUUCUAAAAUGCUCCACACAAGCGUACAUGUGAACAAAAACGUAAAAAAAUGACGUGUCCCCAUAGCUCAAAAACCUGACCUGAUUGAGCAAAACCAAUGUGAUUUUUGAAUUCAGCGCAUCAGAUUUGUCCUAAAUCAACUGAAAAAACGCAGACAACAAAUUUGUUGUUGACCAGUGUUAUUAGUAGUAUUAUUUAUUGAAUUUAUAGACUGCCCUAUACCAGGAGGUCUCGGGGCGUUUUAUAGAAAAUAGCAACAUAAAAACCACAAUAUACUGUAUAUACAGUGGUACCUUGGUCCUCAAAUGCCUUGGUACUCAAACAACAUGGAACCCAAACACUGCAAACCCGGAAGUAAGUGUUCCAGGUUACGAACUUUUAUCGGAAGCCGAACUUGCUCAGUUUUGAGUGCCACACUUCCGUUUUGAGUGUUAAGCUGAGGUCUGUCUGUUUUUUGCGGCUCUUUUUUUUGUGACACUGUGGAACCCAGUUCAGCUACUGAUUGACAUAGCUGUCAACUUUUCCAUUUUCUUGCGAGAAAUCCUAUUCAGAAUAAGGGAAUUUCCCUUUAAAAAAGGAAAACAUUGACAGCUAUGCUGAUCGACUGAUUGUUUGACUGCAGUACAUUGUUUAUUGCUUUCAUUUUAUGGAUCAAUGGUCUAGUUAAAUUGCUGUUUUAGGGGUUAGGGUUAGGGUUUUAAAAGUCUGGAAUGGAUUUAUCCAUUUUGCAUUACUUUCUAUGGGAAAGCGUGCCUUGGUUUUGGAACGGACUUCCAGAAUGGAUUAAGUUUGAGAACAAAGGUACCACUGUUACAACACCCCCCCCCCCCAAAGAGCCACAUUUUAAAAGAGCAUAGGAUGUCAAACAGAUCAACCGAAGGCCUGGUUAAAAAGGAACAUUUUUGCCUGGUGCCUAAAGAUGUAUAAUGAACAUGCUAGGCGAACUUCCCUUUGUGGAGAGCAUUCCACAAACAGGGAGCCACUGCAGAGAAGGUCCUGUUCUCAUGUUGCCGCCUUCUGGACCUCUCCAGGAGGAGGCACACAAAGAAGGGCCUCAGAUGAUCUCAGGGUCCGGGUAGGUUCAUUUGGAAAGAGGCAAUCCUUGAGGUAUUGCGGUCCUAAGCCAUAUUACAUUACAUUAUUUAUGUACUGAAUUUGUAUGUGGCCCUUCAUCCGCAGGGGUGCCAACUUGAAUAAAAUAUUGGGGGGGGGCGUGCAGGUAAGUCCCACCCCGCAUAAUUGAUCACACACCAUUUGAAUGGCAAUGCUGAUCAACUUUUUUGAGGGGGCCCAACCCCCUCAAAUACUUUGUCGGGCCCUUCGGCUCCUAAGAGCUGGUUCCUAUCCAAAGAUCACAGGGCUGUUCGCAACAUAAAAAUACAAAAUGCAAAAUACACACGCGCAGAAGCAAAGCAAACACAUAAUCUCCCCCCACCCAUUUUAAAAGGCAAUAGAACGUGAAUUAGCCAAGUGCCUGGUUGAUGAGAAACGUUUUUGCUUGACGCCUAAAAAUAGGUGUGUAUGCAGUUGUAUGCUUGAUUUAUUUUUUAAAAAAUGAUUGUUUCACCCUAAUGCUUUUGGUGAUCAUUGUUUUUUCCCCUGUAAGACUUCCUGUCAACGAAAAAUAUGGGGUAUAAAUAAGUAUAUAAUAAUAAUGCAUGUGAAGCAGAUUUGACCACUUAAAACUGCUACACAAAAUGCUCCUAGCUUUUGAAACUGUCAAGCAGAGUAGUGAAGGCCAGGUGAGAGGGCUGGGGAUGAAGUAAAUCCAGAGAAGCUAUUUUUAAAUACACAAUUUUUGGAUGCCUUUAUACCUGCAUUUAAUAAAGGACUCAAUCUUUUAAACGGAGCAGAUCUUUUUAGAAUCAUGUAUGAUAAUUAGAAAGGGAGAAGAUGGUGGGGUCUCAGAUGUGUGGGUGCACCCAGUGAGUACCUUUGUACCCCUGGAUGCUGUUGAUAAGGGUGAUAUUGUGGCAUGUAAUCAGUCUUUUUAAGUGCUUUGAUCAGAUGGUGUUCUUGUGAAUUACCAGGACACGCUCUUUUUGCCCAGUGUUAAAUAGCACCCAUGUCCAGCUCCAGGUUCAAAACGUUGCUAUCAACCUUGAUUGCAUGGAAACAAUAUUUGAAUACACCCAAUUGGUUGGUUGUAGAUUGUUAUCCCAUGCACACUUAUCCAGCAGUAAACAUCCUUUUGGCUAGUGAGACUUCUGGGGUCCACAUGAGUUGAAUUAGCCUAUGUAAGAUGUAAACUUACCCCAGAAUGUCAAAGUAAUAUCAGUCGGACUUACCUUGUAUUUUGAGGUACGGUAUCUUAAAUGAUCUGAGUGGCUUCCACUUGUGGUUUGUUUUCAGAGAAACUCUGAGUGCUGCACUUAGUGCAAAGCAAGCCUUUGGUUUGUUUCCUUCCCAGUGUGGUAACAGCAGGUGUGGAGGAUGAGAAAAUUUGGGUUUGGGGUUUUUUUUGCAUUAUGCGCUAGUAUGGUGCUUGCUCAUAUUAAGCAGUAGUUUUAUUUUUAACCAUAGUUUAAUCUGCCAUUCAAACCCUACCACUGUGACUGUCCUUUUAUCCCUUAGGGUUACAAAGCAUACACAAGCUGAGUGAGUUUGCGCACCUGAGCGAUACCUCCAUAUCUGUCAUGCAUACCUUUGCACACCCUUACUUCAGCGAUUAGAGCCUGCUGUACAAGAGAGGCUUGUAUUUUUAAACUGAUAAGCAGGAUACGAUGUGGCUGUUUUGAGACACGUGGUUCUGAGGAAUGUUUCAAAAUUUGUGUGUGAGUGAGUACAGUAUAUGUAAUGUUCAUUUAUUUGAUUUCUUUCCUGUCCAUAAGGUCCCAGUGUAGCUUACAGUAAAAGAAUAUAUGUUUAUAAAAACAGCUUAAACCAUGACAAAAACACACACAAAACUGUUCCACAUGUUUUUUUCUGCAGCAACUGGAUACUUGCUGUCUGUGGGGUGAAAAUGACAUUUCUCUUUGAGGCCUUGCUCUCUUUUCCAAAGGGGUGCAAGGUAAGAUAUUAUCUCCUUGUUUCAGAGUGAGCACGAGAAGCAGGAACAGCUAGAGGCACGGAAGGAGAAGCAGCGGGAACUCAUACUGCAACUCAAGGCCCAACUGGAUGACUUGGAAACCUUUGCCUACCAGGAGGGAAGCUAUGAUGCACUUCCACAGUCCAUGGUUGUGGAGAGACAACGGGUGAGGCCUAGCUUCCCUGUGGAGGGACUCUUUUAGCUGAACCAGCUGGUGUUUAGCCCUUUGGAGUGAUCUUCAGAGAGGGAGGGGAAAACACCUCUCAACUUCCUUCCUGUGUGGUUUUACAGGUGAUUAUUGAGGAGCUGAUCAAGAAGCUGGACAUGAACUUGAGUGAGGACAUUGCCUCACUGUCCCCAGAGGAGUUGCGUCAGCAGGUGGAUGCUGCUGUGGCACAAAUUGUCAAUCCGGCACGUGUGAAGGAGCAGCUGGUAGAGCAGCUGAAAACCCAGAUCCGAGACCUCGAGAUGUUUAUCAAUUUCAUUCAAGGUCAGUAGGCACAUAUCUUGCAUAAUUUGGGCAGUACAUGGGGGCACUUGACCUUGGGUAUUCAGGGGUCCAAGGUACAUACGAAAUGUGUGCAGAUAACUUGAGAGUAGAGGCAUGGGGUAGUUUGUGGCAGACCAUGAUGCUAAAUUCACAUUAGCGUUAAUUCACUUUGACAAGUUAAGACAUCUUAUGUCUUGUAAUUGGGAUUUGAGUAAAAGGAAGGAGCAAGCCAUAGGAGGAUAUUCAGUAACAAGUCUUGUUGCUCUAAGUGCCACAAAAAUGAGUCUAGCAGUGAGAGCCAGUGUGGUGUAGUGGUUAAGAGUGGUAGUCUCGUAAUCUGGGGAACUGGGUUCGCGUCCCCGCUCCUCCACAUGCAGCUGCUGGGUGACCUUGGGCCAGUCACACUUCUUUGAAGUCUCUCAGCCCCAUUCACCUCACAGAGUGUUUGUUGUGGGGGAGGAAGGGAAAGGAGAAUGUUAGCCGCUUUGAGACUCCUUAAAGGGAGUGAAAGGCGGGAUAUCAAAUCCAAACUCUUCUUCUUCUUCUUCUUAGCAGCACCUUUUAAUGCAUUCAUUAUGGCUUAAGCCUUCCUAGAUCAUGUUCACUGAAUACAUUAUCCCAAGUUGACAGUUAGAUCCUGUAAUAGUGUUGUUUGAAAAGAUUGACAUCUGAGUUUGUUGCAGGGUCCGAUCCCUGUGUUUGUGUCUUUUUAUGCAGCUUGUCGCUGGCGAGUAGAUAUUUUCGGUUAUGGGGCUGUUUGUAAGCAAAGACUGGCCUAUUACAUAAGAAUUGGCUUUAGAUCAAUCCUGAUAUACUGGAGUGAUUUUAGCUGUGAGGUGUUACAGGACCUAACAGGGUAAACCACAGCAUCAAGUCAUUGGGCUUGAAUUGCAACCAUCCAAAGAUUAAAUUAUAUAACCUGUGAUAUUCGAUCACAAUACUGUAAUGGGUUUUAUUCCACUAGAGGUGUGAGUUAGCUUUUCAGUGCUAGGAACUUGGUGGCAUUAUCCAUAGUGAAUAGUUACUAAUUAUUUUUUGUAUAUUUAAGAUUUAACACAAUCCUCAGUCUGCAUUUCUUUUAUUUUCUCUGGUUUCAUUGCUUGCACUUUUUCUCUACAUCCCAUAUGUAUAUAUACUUGCUAAGUGAAGAUAAUGCUUCAUGCAUCUCUAAAAACACUUUCACAUCCCUGAUGGAGUGGACUCUAAUCUGUAAGAGCGUAUGUCAUAGUGAAUUUGUGAAUCAUUAAAUUGCCACAUUUUUGUUCCCCCCACUCUUUUCUUUAACAAGGGCACUCCUGGAUUACUUGUUCAUAUAAGCAUUAUUAUAGUACCUCUUUUCAGGGUGCCUGUUGUCUAAAGAAUGGCUUCUCUGAAUCUGGAUUUGGUUUGGUGUGAGAGGGUAGCACAGAAACAAAGUAUGUCUGUACCUUGGAAAUAUUUGUCUUCAAAUGAAAAUGAAGCUGAGGAGGAAGAGUCAUUGCUGGGAUAGAGCUGGGGUUUAGAGCAUAUUGUACAUGGAUAUGAAUCAAGGUUGUUCUAGGUUUUACAAUACUUAGUAAAAUAUACUUUUCUGGCUUUACAGAAGAAGUCAGCAGCCCAGGUAAUGCAGAGAAGGGGCAUUGUGACUGUUCAGGUGGAAAACCUGGAAGUGGCAACUGCAAACCGAGCACGCGGCAGCCUCAUGGAAGACACCGAGGUGGGUACCUGGAGAGCCUUCAGGGUCUUGUAUGACACUGCGCAUGGUCAAGAGAUGGCUUUUAAAUUUCAUUUUGUUUCAUUGUUUUAUUUAAGUUAUAUGCCAUCAUUUAUCAAUAAUUUAUUCCUGAGCAGUUCACAAUAUUACAAAGAGUACAUCCCCAUUAACACUAUAAAAUACAGAUUAAAGCUUACAGAAGCACCGCAACAUAAAAUGUUUAUUGCUUGGCACCUCUAAAACUAUGGGGAGAUAUGUGUGUGUUGCAAAGACACUUUGAGUAGCGAAUUGGGUCUCUGCCACCUUUUAAUUCUUUUCUCCCUGCCAGCCCCAUAGAGUAGCUUCCUUCACUAAUAUGGACCACCCCCUGGUGUCUGUACCAAUGCCAGCCAUUCUCUUACUCUUCUCACCAAUUACCAACCUAAGAUGAGGCCAAAGUGGGGCCUACUCCAUCACUGCAACACUCACUUUUUGUUGCCACUUUGUCCCUGUCCCAGAUAAUCUGAGUGAAACCGGUCUCCCAUAAGAUGACCCAAGGAUACUUAGCCCUGCAGUACAAACUCUGCCCCCUCCCACACAGCUUGGCAGGGUUUAAUGGAGUGUGGGGCCCACACCUGCAGCUGUGCUACCCAUAGCAGGAGAUGGACAGGUGGAGUGAGCUUUGUGCCAGUCAAAACCGCAACAAGUGUUUGCUUUAACGGAGCGGAAACCACUUCAGUCCGUCUGCUCCUCUAAGGAAUGUUUCCUUUCCUCUCUCUGAUUUUGUAGUGAAUCCUGAAGACGCACAGAGGAUGCGAGAGACGGGAUUACAUCUCAUGCGCCGGAUGCUCGCGGUGCUGCAGAUCUUCGCGGUGAGCCAGUUUGGCUGUACAACUGGACAAAUACCACACCAUCUAUGGCAGAAGGACCAGUCUGACAGGGACUAUUCGCCCUUGGUGAAGAAGUUAGAGGUGGCUGUGGCCCAUGUGAGGCAGCUGGCUCAGAAGUACCAGCUGACAGAGCCAGAACAUGUCAUCAGCUGCUUGGGCUUCCAGGAUGCCUCUUUGGGCGGGCGGGAUGAGCUGACGCUGGCCGUGCGUAAGGAGCUGACAAUAGCUGUGCGGGACUUGCUGGCCCACGGCCUCUACACCCCAUCGCCAGGCAUGAGCUUGGUUCUAGCCCCCAUUGCCUGCUUGCUGCCGGUACUGAGCUCCUCUCCUCAGGCCAUGCACCCAUGGGAGCUCUUUGUGAAGUAUUACAACUCUAAGAACGGCCGUGCCUUUGUGGAAUCGCCAGCACGCAAACUUUCCGAGUCUUUUGCCCUCCCGGUGAUGGGGGGAGUGCCUGCCACCCCGAAGCAGAGCCUGCUGUCGGCCAUCCACACUGUGCUGUCGGAGCAUGACCCAUUCAAGCGUAGUGCAGACUCGGAGCUGAAGGCGCUGGUGUGCCUGGCCCUCAACGAGCAGCGCCUGGUCUCCUGGCUCAACCUAAUCUGCAAGUCAGGGGCCCUGAUCCAAGCCCACUACCAGCCCUGGAGUUACAUGGCCCAGACAGGCUUUGAGGGGGCCCUCAAUCUCCUUAGCCGCCUUAGUAACCUUCGAUUCAGCCUCCCUGUGGACCUGGCAGUGCGGCAGCUGAAGAACAUCAAGGAUGCCUUUUGAGUGGCUGAGGAGUCUGGAGUCCAGCCUCACCCACUUUGAGGAAACACUUCUGGCACAGUCCAGCAGGCCACUUCUGUGUGUUCACAAGGGGGGAAAAUUGCUGCUAGUUGGUGAUGGUCUUGUGUUGCUGAGUUGCUACUGGCUGCCUCCAUUGCAUGCACCAGACCGCAUGGAGCUCCUGUUAAUUUGCAGGGUCUUUAUUGCGGUAGCCUCCUUGGUGCUGUGCAGAAAAUGUCCGUGUGCACAGUUCUUAGCUAUUAAGGAUAGGCUGUAGUGGAACCAGUCGGUAGGCUUGGCAGGAGGGCAUCUCUCCUACCAGAGGGAAUUUCUACAGGGCCAAUAGGAAGCUAUUUAUAUCCUGAGUCCCAUGGAGUCAGGGCUAAUCCACAACAGUAUAGACAAUAUUUUGGCUACAUCACAGAAGACUCCUUUCUUUCCCAAGGAGGUGUAUGUGCCAGGCACACCAUUCCAGACCUAUAGUUUCAUAUUAUCAUAUCAUAUAAAAUGCACUGGCUGAAUUACCAAAUCUGAGCAGGGUCCUUCCCUGUGUUUGAUGGCCUUAAGCUAUUUAACCCUCAUGCUGCAAGGGACCAGUCACUUGCAGGGAGUUUUUCCUCCCAGUCAGAUUAUUGUGUGUUGGAAAUGGAUCCCUCAUGUGCUUAUUUGUCGGCAACAUGCACCCAGUAUUUACAACUGGCUCACUGGCAAGGUAUUGUGAUGGACAGGUGAACUCUUUACAACUUUCCCCUACUAAGUAUUCAGGUGGUAUGAGAGGUGAUUUCAAGGGAAGACGGGGAAGAGAAGUGAAGAAAGACAAUGGCUUGAUCACGGAGAGAGGGUUUGGUCUGGGAUCAAGCACCUUGGAGAGUGGGUGGAUGUACCUAUUUUUAUCUCUAGUGGGAAAGGUGUUGAGCUUACCUGUUCAAAUAGCAGUUGCCGCAACUCCCACCUUGAAGGAGCAAGCCAUCAGUUAUGUGUUCUUUACUGGCACACAAAGUCACCUCUAAUUUGUUUUUGGAUGGCCAACCCUCAGCUGUUCUUUAGCAAAUUAGAACUGCAUGACCUUGAACCUUUGGGUUGCCAUGUCUGAUCUGUGGCAGUAGUAAGCCUAGGUAGAAUCCUCAUGUGCUGUUCUUCAGUGGAGCAGAACAGUGGUGGAAGAUGCAUCUGGAGAUAUUGAGACCAGGAGUAACUCUUCAGCUUGUGGCUCACCCCUUUGGACUCAGGGCACUGUCCUGAUAGUCUACAAAAAGGCUGGGUGCGCAUGGUUUGUGAACAAUUCCUAGACCCAGAUUUGCAACAUCUGUAACUCUUACUUGGCGUCUUGUAGACAUCCUGCAUUUGUGAGAUCUGAAGAUUAAGGCAAACUGCAGUGUCUUCAAAGCCAAAUCUGACAACAUCCUCAGAGUGUGCAAAGGAGGUUCAGUGGCAAACAGCACUCUUUUGUGUUAGGUGAAGCCUGUGUAUUUUUUGCAAGUAAGUUGGCUUGUGACGUGUGUAUGCUAAAUUGUCCUGCUGAAACUCCUCCGUUUAAUGUAGGAGCUCUUCUGUUUUUACUUGUUGAUUUAUGUGUUGAUGCACUUAAGAAAAUUCUGUCCUUGGUUCCCGGGUAUAUCUAUUUAAUGCUGUGUGUUUUUGUUUUGACUACAUUUCAGUGCAAAAGGAAGAAUGUAUUUAUGCAGAAUUGUAUCUGUUGUUAAUAAAUUCAGUCUGUCAUCUUUCUU